GGUAGCCCCACGCGACAAUUGAUGUUUGUAUUCUAAUUUCGAUGAUAAACUCGAGACGUUCCGAAAAAUGGGCUCCGACUGUGCAGGGGGUUUUCUUCGAGGGGUGCAGAGGCAAUAUUUUCAACCCUAAGCCGGAGUAGGGGAGCUGCCAGCCGAAGCGCCUCCUCGGAUGAGAGGUUGCUCUCUAUCGAUACUUCGCCCGUCUACGUCACAGUGAGCGGUGGACUACCCAGCAUUUCGGACACCCUUCACCGCUCACCGCGAACUUCACUGUGAGCUCCUACCAGCGUCCACCGCAUUCGCCGAAAUCCGAUACACGAUAUGGCCACGAUCCCCGAAUUCUUUGCUGGGAAAAAUCUUCUCCUGACCGGAGUCUCAGGAUUCUUAGGCAAGGUAUUGGUGGAGAAACUUCUGCGUUCAUGUCCCGAAAUAAAUUCCAUAUUCGUGCUCAUCCGGGAGAAGAAGGGAUUGAGCGGUAAAGAUCGCUUGGCGAAGAUACUCAGUGAAAAGCUUUUUGACCAUCUCCACCGGGAGAAGCCGGAAUGUUUUUCGAAGGUGAAACUCGUUCCGGGUGAUCUCCUCGAAGAUCAGAUCAUUUCCAACGAAGAUGACGAGGAGAUGCUUUUAGAGCAAGUCAACGUUGUGAUCCACUCUGCGGCUUCGGUACGUUUCUCCGAGCCGCUCCGCAACAGCGUCGAUGUGAAUCUGAGGGCCACUUACAAGCUUCUCGAAUUUGCGAAGAAAAUGAAAAACCUCGUAUCUGCCGUUCACAUUUCGACGGCGUACUCGAACUGUCAGCUGAGAACAGUCGACGAAACAACCUAUAAGUGCGAGGUGGACCCGUUCCAAGUUAUGUCGCUGUGUGAGUAUAUGUCUACGGAGCUUGUCGAAGAGCUUCGCGCGAAAUUACUGAAAGAUCGACCGAAUACGUAUACAUUCACAAAAGCGCUCACGGAAAACCUCGUCGAAGCAUACUCGAAUCAGAUACCGAUAGCGAUUGUGCGACCAUCGAUAAUUACCGGGGCCGCCUCCGAGCCAUUGCCCGGAUGGGUCGAUAAUUAUAACGGACCGAAUGGACUCCUGAUCGCUCUCGGCACAGGAGCCCUCACGACCCUGUACAGUCAUCUCGACUGCACGGCCGACUUAAUUCCGGUAGACUACGUGGCUAAUACGAUUUUAGCAGCAGCUUCGAAACAAGAACUCGGAAACUUCAAGAUCUACAAUUGCACAUCGGGUUCUCAAAAUCCCAUAAACUGGCGCAUGUUCAUGGAGAAGUCUGUCGAUAUUCCGCUUCGAUACCCUUCGACGACGAUGGUCCGCUACCCCAGACCUCGAGUCACAUCUUACAAGUGGCUACACGAAACUCGUUUGUUCCUAGAGCAUUACGUGCCGGUCAGAAUCAUCGAUUUCGGACUACGUUGCGCACGCCGGCAGAGCAACGCGUUCCGCCUGUAUCAGCGUCUGUCGAACUCUAUGUAUCUGUUGGAGUUUUUCGCCACGAAUGAAUGGAAUUUCAUCAACACGAAUACUCAGAAACUCUUCGAGAGCCUGCACCCGAGCGACAAGGCCGAGUUCAACUUCGACGUCCGCACGAUCGAUUGGGAUUCCUACGUACAAACCUACUGUUUAGGUAUCCGUCAAUAUGUUCUCAAUGAUGAUUUGUCAAAUCUGGAAGGGGGCAAAUCUCACUUGAGGCGUUUGAAAUGUGUACAAUACGGGGCGAACCUGGCUCUCGCGUGGGCUGCGUGGAAGGUGUGCUGCGCCGUGUUGCCCUGCGCCGACUUGGUCGGGCUCUGUUAG